AUGGAUGGCAAGAAGUUUUACAUUGAUGUUUUGGAGAUGAAGCCGGAGGCGACAAUUAGUAUUAUUGAGAUUGAUUUUGCUUCUCCUUUGGACUAUAAACAGCCUGAAGAUCCAGCUGUUAAGAAUAUUGAAAAAGCCUCCAUGAAAGUUGGAAAGAAGGAAAGGAAGGUUGUGCUAAGAAUAUUCAGAGCAUUCAUGGGUUUAGCAAAGCGCUUAGAUGGGUUCCCUGUUUUAACCUCUGUUUCUGCCACUGAAGAAUGUAAACAGAGUGUUGGUCGGAAAAGGAAGGUUGUGCUUGGCUCCUCCAAUGUCGGAAAACCGUCGGAAGUUGAAUUGAAGAAAGAGGAUAAGAAAGGAAGAAUAAUGGAGAAGAAAAAGGAAGAAAAGGAUUUUCAGGCAUUCACUGAGAAAAAGUUAUAG